AUGGCACCUGGCCAGGUGACAGCCAUGAUUCCACCAGCCAAGAUGGCCAAGCCCCCAUCGCCACCCCCUACCACACCUCGGCCGUUCCACACCGACCCUCCCACCACCCAGAAGGACUCACCAGGUGCAGCAACGAUACCACCAGCCAUGCAUCUCGACACCACCUCCAACAACCACCCACCCACAGCCAUCCCAGCGCCCAACGGCAGCCGGCCCCAUUCCACGAGCUCUACGAGCCCUCUUGCCACACAAUGCCCCCGGCCUCAAGGAGCACUGCCAUCCACACCAUGGAGCCUCAACCUGCAGCCCGCUCUCUCCUCACCCACCCACACCUACCACGUGUCGCUCAACUCGACAGACCAAACCACCAACAUGGUUGAACAAUGGGGACUUUAG